CGUCGAGGAGAAUUUAGUCUCAUUGUCAUCACUAUGUUGAAUACAUUUUAUUUUGGACUUUUAUUCCUGACACUGUCCAGUCCAGUUCUAGGUGAAGAUUGCCAAGAGGUCAACUCGACUUACAGGGUAUGCGCUGACCAAGUGACUAGACCCAAUGCGUCAUCACUGUGUAGCAGUAAAUAUGGCUAUAUCUUGCUUCAACCCAGGCAACAGUCUGACUUUGACUUCUGGAGAAGUGACCUCUUUAGCAGCAAGAGUUACUGGAUUGGCGCCAUCAGGACAGAUGUAAAAGAACGUUUCCAUUGGGAGAACUCGUCCAUCGAUGUCCCCAGUGACUACUUUCGUUCCGGCUCGAACCAGGAUGCCAGAGUAAAUUAUUCUUGCGUCAGCUUUGAGCCCGCAUACUACAAUGCAAUUACUGUGAGUGGAUAUGCUUUAGAAGCACGCCAGUGUGACAUUAAGAGAGGUUACGUUUGUCAGAAUCCACAAGAUGCCAAAAUCAACAUGUUGUUAAAUGUAUCAACCCAAGCAAUCAACAUCCUUGAGACUACCUCUGUCACUACAGCCUCAGAGUCUAGAAACAUCAGUGUCUCAGAGACAUCAUCUUACGUUACAACAGCGACAAAGUCUUAUGUCAACGGUAUGUUACGGACAUCCGUUAGUGUCAUCAGUGGGUCAGGGACAACAUCUGAUGUAACAGCGGUGACAGAUUCUAAUGGUAAUAGUAUUUCUGUGACUCCGCCUAGUGCUAGUAUUAUGUCAGUGACAGCAUCUUAUGUGACAGUGACACUUUUGAAUGUCAACAGUAUGCCAGCCACACGAACUAGUGCCAACAGUAUAUUAGUGACGCCAACUAGUACCAGCAGUAUGCCAGUGACACCAACUAGUGUCCACAGUAUGUCAGUGACAUCAAGUAAUGCUAACACACCACUAGAACGCAACACAUCAGCUGUAACACCAGCAACUACAAACCAAAACACCAUAACCGAAUCUUUAACGAUCGUAUCUGAUUCAAGGGAGACUAACGCAUCACGUGCAGGGGAGACAACUAUCCAGCCAUUAUCGUCUCAUCCAACUGAGACAGUUUCAAGCGCAGUGUCGGUACAGCCAUCACUCCAGCAGCAGUUCUCAAUUUACUCCUUCCCUGGGAUGCCCACACCGUCAACAGCCCCAAACACCACAGACUACGCCCAAACAUCAUUCCCUCUCGCCCUACAAACUGCCCCCCAACCAGCAUGCCUUAGUUCCUGUCCAACAACACCAGCGUACACUACGGACACCGCCGCCACUGCCUACGCCCACUCUACACCCACAUCAGCUCCCUACACCACCAAACAGGCUGUACAAGCUUCAACGAAUCUAAACCUCUGCAGCUGCAGCUGCACGCAUGAAGCUAAUCCAACAUCUUUGUCACAGCUCAGCAAGAACGAAAUUCUACUAGACAUUAAAAAUCAGCUUCAUGUAGAUGUUAAGAAUGCUUCCUCAACUAUCAGAAGAUUAACUUCCGCUGAAGACAAAAGAAAGUCUGCCCAGAUUUUGGGGAGUUUCGGAGUGAUAGUUUUAGUGACAGUCUUUGGUUGUAUAAUAGUCUUAGACUUUACCCGUUUAGUUCAGUGUGAUUCUCGAAGUCAGGAAAUUUUUUUAAAAAAACACACAAGAAAGAAAAUGACCAAGAAGGCCUUGAAAUAAUAUGACAUUGUAGAGAUUUAUACUAUAAAUUAUUUAUAUGACGCAAUUUAAUUUAAAAAAAAAAGACAAAGGGACUGAAAGAGAAAGAAAGAUAGAAAUAGAGAGCGAAAGAAGGUACAGAAAGAGAGAAAAAAAAGAGUUGAAAAAGUACAGAAAGAGAGAGAAAGAGAGUUGAAAAAGUACAGAAAGAGAGAAAAAGAGGGAUGAAUAAAAGUACAAAAAAUGAGAAAAAGAGAAUUCAAAGUAAAAUACAGAGAAAACGAGGUGAAAAAGAGUACAGAAACUGAGAAAAGAGAAUUGAAAAAGAGUACAGAAAGAGAGAAAAGAGAAUUGAAAAAGAGUACAGAAAGAGAGAAAAAAAUAAGAGUCAGACAUGAAGAGAGAAAAAGAGAAUAAGAGAAAGAAAAAAAGAAAGAGAACAGAAUGACAAAAAGAGAGAAAGAAAUGGAAGAAAGAGAAACAGAAA